AUGGCAGCGAGCGGUGCGCGCCGAUGGGGGCUCGAUCAACUAUCAGUCCGUGGCAAGGUAGCUCUUGUAACGGGCGCCUCGUCGGGAAUCGGCCACGAUCUCGCGCUGUUCCUCGUGGCACGUGGAUGCCACGUGGUCGCCGCAGCUCGGCGCGUGGACCGCCUGGAUCAGCUGUGCGCGGAGGCGGAAGCAAUGCGCCGAGAAGCGGAAGAAUUGCGCCGAGAGGGGGAAGGGAUGCGCGGAGAGGCGGAGGGCAUGUGCGGAGAGGGGGAUGAUCCACGCAACGGGAGAAGCUCUGACUUAUCAAACCCGGUUGACGCUGGAGGGCGGGAACGGCGGGCCGUGGGAAAUGGUGACGUGACUCGGGAAUCAUCAGUCAGAGAUUCUGGACGGCCAGGAUCGCAUUUCAUUGUUGGAAACGAGAUGCCGGGGCGCAUGAGGGCUGUCGCGAUGGACGUCGCGGCGGACGAGGUGGCGGUAGAUGCGGCGGUGCAGGCGGCGUGGGACGCGUUCGGGCGGAUCGACGUGCUGGUGAACAACGCGGGGUUCCGAGGGAAAAAGGUGGACGCGAUCGACAUCAGCCAAUCAGAGUUCGACACGUCAUUCCACACCAACGUCCGAGGCGCUUGGCUUGUUUCCAAAGCUGUGGUUCGGCGCGUGCUGGGGCGGACAGGCGGGGGGGCGCGAGCGGGGGGAAGGACCAGCGAGGGGGCGCGACGGGAGGGGAGGGAGAUGGGGAAGGGGGGCAAAGGAACGGAGGGUAAGAAUGAAAGGGCACUUGAAGGGGGUAGUAACGGAAGCACCCGCACGGUUUUGAGUGUAAUCAACAUCGCAUCUACAGCCGGCAUUCCUGGUGCCAUUCUCCCCGGCGGUGCUGCCUACUCCUCCUCGAAAUCUGCUCUCAUGCGCCUCACCGUGGCUAUGGCGGUGGAGUUGGGGGAGCAUGGCAUCCGUUGCAACUGCAUCGCCCCGGGGAUAUUCCGUUCCGAGAUCACCGAGGCAAGAAUGGCCGAAGGAAGGGGUGGUGGUGGGUUGGGGGAAGCUCUUGGACAAGCCAUGGAUGGAGAGGAACGCACAGGUGGUGGUGCCAAUGCAGAGGUAUGA